AUGAUGGAUCAAACUUCAACUAAUCUGCCAGACAUUGUACCAAUAACUCAAUCACUGGAAAUAAUUAAUAUUGAUCCAACAUCAACCAACAAUUCUCAACAACAACACAUUGAUGUUCAGCUAAAACAAUUUAUUCAAAAGCAACUUGUCUUAUUAUUACAUGCAUAUAAAUGUCAACAAGGUGAAAAAAACACUAUUCAUGGCGAAGCAGCACAUCCUAGUGCAUGUACAUUACCACAUUGCAGUACCAUGAAAAAUGUUCUACAACAUAUGACGAACUGUAAUGAUUAUAAAACAUGUACAUUUACUCAUUGUGUUACUUCACGUCAAAUUAUAUUCCAUUGGAAAAAAUGUAAUAAUUCACAAUGUUCUAUAUGUCAACCACUUAAAACACCGCCAACAUUAGAUAAAUUAAAUCAAACACCAAAUAAUAAUAAUAAUAACAAUCCAACAACAACAACAUCAAUAACAAUGAAUAAAGAAUGGCAAAGAUGUAUUACACAAGAAAUGCGCCAUCAUCUUGUACAAAAAAUUAUAACAACACUUACACCAAUAACUGACACAGGUACUAUGGAUGAUGAACGCAUUAUUAAGUUAGCUAAUUAUGCUCGACGUAUUGAAAGUGAAACAUAUGAAACAGCUAAUAACCAAGAAGAAUAUUUUCAUAUAUUAGCUGAAAAAAAUUAUAAAACUCAAAAAGAAUUAGAAGAUCUGUAA